GUGAGAGAUCGUUGAAUGAAUACCAUCAGGCCAUCUGCAAACUGCAGUGCAAGCAAAAUAAAUUUGAAUUUGAGGUUAUGAAUAGAUUUUCUUGGUGCAGUAUUUGUGUGCGGAUAGUGAUCAUGAAUUGGUUUUGUUUAAUUUAUAACUGAAGUUAUAAAACAAUGAACUCUACACUCUUAUAUUUGCACGAAUCUUUGAUUGUUUCUUCUCAAGUGUAAUGUCCCCAGAAUUGUUCAUGUACAAGAUUUUCCGAAAACUUUUGCAUAGUUUUAAAGCUCGUCUAUUAUUUCUGUUUUUCAGUAGCUGUCUCUUCAUAAUUAUUUACCGUUAUGUGCUAUCAUUGUCAUGUGCAAAAAUUAUUCCUCUUCAAGAAAUUCCACACAAUUUGGUACCUGCGAUUUCUAACCUGAAAAGUGUAACUGAUGAUAAACAACUAUGUGAUAUUAUGCCAAUGCUGAUAAAUGGCACCUGGCCCCCUCCUAACGUAAAUAUCAAUGAUGUAUAUUUAAAUAACUUGGCAAUACAGAGUAAUGUUCAGCCAGGAGGAUCUUGGAAGCCAAGCACUUGUGUCUCACAACAUCAUGUAGCUAUAGUAAUAUGUUAUCGGGACAGAGAAUCUCAGUUAAACACUUUUCUCGCUCAUAUGCACCCUUUCUUGCAAUUCCAACAACUCAGUUACCAAAUUUUUAUAAUUGAACAGACUCAUCAACGACCAUUCAACAGAGCAAAACUGUUCAAUGUAGGGUUCAAAGAAGCCGAACUUGUAUCACCAUUUCACUGUUACAUAUUUCAAGAUGUUGAUUUACUGCCCAUAAAUAUCCAUAAUAUUUAUGGUUGUACAAAGUUACCAAGACAUUUAUCAGCCAAUAUUGAUGUAUUUGAAUACAAGGUACCAUAUGAUUGGAUAUUUGGCGGUGCAAUUUCAAUUUUGAAGAACCAGUUUGUUAGUGUCAAUGGAUUCUCUAACAAAUUCUAUGGUUGGGGAGGAGAAGAUGAUGACUUUUAUAACAGAGUAACACACAAUGGAACAACAAUUUGUAGGUUUGAACCUGAAGUCUCCAAAUAUAUUAUGUUACCACAUAAAAAAGAAGUUCCAAAUGAAGACCGUUAUUAUUAUCUUACCACGGGAGGAAGACGAUUUGAUUCUGAUGGUUUAAAUUCAUUAAAGUACAUAGUAAAAAAAAUUGAACUGAAGCCGUUAUACACCAGAAUUCAAGUUGAUUUGUAAAACUAACGUUCAUUGAAGGUAGGGUAUGUUUUACACAAUAUGUAAGUUUGUAUAUUGAUGCCAGACAUGAUUUAUAAAACUAUAUUUGCUUGGGCACUAUGAAUGUAUACCAGACAUUUGGCAAUGAGUAUUAUCCACUUCUGAUACCAUAUUACACCAAGUAGUUAUAUAGACAUAUUACAUAAUUCAUGAAUAACUAUAAUUUAUAAUUAAUGCCUAUUGGUAAUUUAUCAUUAAAUGUUAUAAGUAUAUGUUAUAUCUUAUAUUAUACAGUAUAAUCGCACUUUAUUAUUUUAAUGCUGGGAGCAUUGUGCAUGAGAAGUUAUGAACCAUUAAUUUAUUAGGUACUUUGGGAUUAUACCGACCACACCCAGACAUGAAUCGUUAUUUCACAUUUCGUUUCUACUGAUUACUAGAUUAGCGUAGAACAAUAUUUCGUCAAUAUAAAACAG